AUGAAAGAUUCCACACUUGUUUCUGAAACUUCAGAUAUCGAAAAGGAUAACCACGAAGUUGUCACAUCCUCGUCACUAUCGGUUUCCAACCACUCUACUAGAGAUAGUUCAGAGGUGGAUGUUGCGCUACUGUUUUUGAAGGAAAAUGGACUAGAUUCAGAAACUAAUUCAAGAAAGAAUGACGAAUCUGAAUUGGAAAAGGUCGAAGAUCCUAAUGCCAUCUUCUUCGGUGCCCACAAAUUAGAUCCUAAAGUGCUACGUAAAGUCGAUAUGUUCAUCCUACCGUUCCUUUGUUGCAUUUAUCUAUUAAUGUUCUUGGAUAAAGCCUUGUUAAAUUACGCUGCAUCCAUGGGGAUUAAGAAACAUUUGAAAGGUGAUGAGUUUUCCAAUUUGGGUACGAUUUUUUCUGCUGCAUACAUUUUCAUGGAACCCAUUGUCACUUAUUUGAUCCAAAAAUAUCCAAUCUCAAAAGUCUUAAGUGUAUUCAUCACCACUUGGGGGAUUGUCUUAACAUGUCAUUGUGCCUGUAAAUCAUAUGCUUCAUUAAUGAUCGUCCGUACUUUACUGGGGUUGUUUGAAGCUUCCAGUGCGGUCGGAUGUAUAGCCAUCAGUGGUAUGUACUAUACUAAAUCUGAGCAAAGUGCAAGAAUUGGUUUCUGGGCUAUUCAAGCUGGUACUGGGUAUAUCGUUGGUGGUUUGAUAUCUUUUGGUUUCUUGCAUUACCAUGGCACUGAAUUCACUUCAUGGCAAAUUAUGUUCUUAGUCGUUGGGCUAGUCACCAUCGUCUUUGGUAUUAUUACUUUCUUUUACUUGCCAGAUAAUGUUACAAACGCUUGGUUCUUAACUCAAGAAGAAAAAAUCCAAGUUGUUGAACAUAUUAGAAGCAAUCAAACUGGGCUAGAAAAUAAAAAAUUUAAGAAAGAACAAAUUAAAGAAUUAUUCUUAAAGGAUAAAUUAACGUACCCAAUGUUAUUGCUAACCGCCUGCUCCCAAAUCUCCACAGGUGCCAUUGGUACAUUCUCUACCACCAUUACAGCUACUUUUGGUUUCGAUAGUUAUCAAACUGCUCUAUUGCAACUACCAAUCGGUGCCAUUACUGCUUUAAUUAUCCUAAUCACCACUCAAAUGAUUUCACGUUGGGGAAACAUCACUUUGGUCACUACUUCGAUGUACAUCCCAGCCAUAAUCGGUUGUAUUGUCAUGUUAGCAUUACCAUUAUCCCAUAAAGUGGGUAAUCUGCUCUCAUUAUAUUUGUUAUACAGUGGUUCAUGUGUCAUUACCAAUAUUUACAUUUGGAAUUCUUGUAACACCUCUGGUUAUUCCAAGAGAGUCAUGAGAAAUGCAAUUACCAUGAUUGUUUACAACGUUUCCUGUAUUGUAGCUCCACAAAUGUUCAGACAGUAUUCUGCUCCAAGAUAUAUCCCCGCAAAGAUUGCUCUAUUGGUGACCCAAGCCGUUUGCAUCCCAUUACAAUUAUACAUCGGAUAUAUUUGUAAAAAGGAGAACCAGAAGAGGGAUAGAGAGCAAGAAGGCAAAGAAGUAAAGAAAUAUCAAUUCUUGGAUAUGACAGAUAUCGAGAAUAGAAAUUUCAGAUAUAUCUAUUAA